AUGCUCAACAUGAUCAAGAUGCUUUCUCAGUUCUCCAUUUUCGAGGGCGUUAGUACCCACGUCCGGUCAAAAGUCGCCAAGGCAACCAAAACUGUCAGGCUGUCCCCAGGACAGAUCUAUCAGCUGGAUCGAGUGGACCAGGCUGUGUUCUUGGUAGAGAAAGGCAGCGUGUAUCUGGUGAAUGCCCACCAGAAGAAGCUUCAGUUGACACACAGCAUUGUCGGCUUCGAGGCGCUGUGCAACAUGGCGGUGCAGCUCAGCAAGUCGGAAUGGGACGUAACAGACUCCGUUCACGCGGGUCCUCCAGCCUUCUUGGUCGGAGCUGCUGGUGGAUGCGAGCUGUUCAGCCUGUCCAUCGACGCCCUGCAUGUCGGCGCCGAGAUGUCGGAAAGACUCAAGUCCAACAUCAGGAUGGUUGCGGCCAAUUACGUGCGCAAGCUAGCCGCCAAGGGAAACCUGAAGGCUCGCAAGUGCUUCGAGAAGAUCCUCUUGGAGAUCCCUUCGAGCCUGAAUGAAGAUAUUCGGAGGCAGGAGGAGGUUUUGAACCAGCAGAGGAUCGACGCUCAGCGGCGAGUCGAGGCCAUGAAGCGGCAGAUCCUGAGUGCCAACAUCGAGUGGGCAGCGAUGAGGGCGAGCAGCAGUGGGAGCAGUGAGGGCGACGUGCUGUCUCCCAUCCGUGGGACCCUGACGUCGAUGACCAUCCUUGACCCAUUCCACCUGUAA